AGCGCUCCGGUUACACGUGACUUUGCAGCCCAGACUAGCUGCCUUUACUUUGAUUUGGGGAUGUUGAAGAUAGCUACCAGCCGUCAACUGAGGAGCAGACAGGAUAAGCAGUAGAUAAAUGUCUUCUCCAAUUCAAGCAGACGAUGACGAGGUGGAUGAUGAGGUGGAAGAAGUGGAGUUUGUAUCAGAGAACCCAGUCAGACCAGUAUUGGACUGCAUUGAUCUGCUGAGUGACAGUGAUGAUGAGGGGUGUUCAUCAUCGGCAGGCACGAUUGAAGACAAAAUCAGCCGCCAGAAGGCCCGUGUUACAUCCACAUUGGACAGGUUAGCACACCAGGUGGCCCAGGAGAAAAAGGAAAGAUCAGACAAAUGUAGAGCAUUCAAGGAAAAGCAAAUCUUACAAAGAGCUCAUGGACAGCAGGAGCUGGCUUUUAGUUCUACUAAUGGAAUUAAUCGGGAAGCAAAGCACUGUGUAGACAUGUGGUUAAAGAUGCCAGUUCUUAAACCUGGAGUGAUCAGUACUGGUUUUGGAAGAAGACACAGACCUGCUCCUUUCCCCGGCAAUUCAACGAGACACACUUGUCCAGUGAUCAACUGUUGUCGCGUUUAUGACAAUGCGUCCCUCCUUGAAGGCCACUUAAAAAGGUUUGAUCACUCCCCUUGUGACCCAACCAUCAAUCUUAAAGGAUGUCCAUCUGAGGUGUUUGCCUGUGUUGCCUGUGGUUUUCAUUUCCAGACUGAAGAAUUAUGGAGGAAACAUGUUGAAUCUAAGGUGUCGUCAUCUGCUGCUGGUGGUCACAGCAUCACUCAGACCUAUCAGAGGAUUGUGUGCUUCGCCUGUCCUGUCUGCUACUUCCUCUUCAACCUCCGAGAUGAAUGUCUUCAGCACAUGUCAACCAAAAACCACUUCACAGAGUCUCUCACCAUGGGUGAAACCAGAGGAAGGCCGUUGCCAGUUCCCGUCUCACAGUACAUUAAAAAUCGUCUCAUCACUUUGUGCAAGGAGGCAGCCUUCAAUGUCCGAUGUUCUUUGUGUCACAAAGUACUGAUCUCGCAUCAGGCAGCUCAAGCUCACUUUAAUGUGCACUGCAGACAGGGCUGUGCAGUGGCCAAGGCUGAUAAAACAGUGGUGCAGGUUAUGAAACAGCUGCAGGUGCGAGGGCAGUGCUCCCUCUGCUGUAAACUCUUCCGCAGCCAAGAUGAAAUCGACAGACACAAAGAAUUGACCGAGCACGACGUGGAGGUCAACCAAACAAUGGCGAAAGCUCUCCUUCAGCACUGCAGGUUUAGUGAAAUUCAACACACCCACAGGGCUGGAGAGGCACAGAGGAAGAGACAGUCCACAGGCUUUGAAACUCCUUUUCAACAAAGAAACAAGGAAAGGAGUGGUGGUCAGGAAUCCCCGGCCAAACGGAAGAGAACGAGCGUGAACGGCAGCACGAGCAGAAAAUCAGUGACGGCAUUCUUCUGCGAGUGUGGCAUCCAGUUCUCAAUGGAGGCUACAGCCAGUAAGCAUCUCUUGGCUGUGAACCAAAUCUUCCAUCAGUGUGGCGUGUGUGGCAAACACAUGGGAGAGUCCUCAAUCGCCCGUCUGCAUAUGAGUCGCUUUCACGGGGGAGCUCAUCUCUCCAACUUCCUCUUCUACUGCCGCAAGUGCAAGGUGGAAAUGCCCCGGCACGAAGACAUCCUGCAGCACGUGUCAGAAGCUCACAGCGGACACACCUACUUCAGCGAACAGGAGGUGCCCGAAGAGCUCGCCACCGUCCUUGACGCCAAGCCGUCGACCAGCAGCGAAAUGUAUUCCUCCAAGUCUACAGUCCAGCAGAGCGCAGCAGAGACCGUUAAAACAGAGCAGACUUGGAUGUGCAGGAUGUGCGAGGACAUCUUCGACUCAAAAGAGGCCGUACAGAAACACUGCAGCGAUAUGAGCACUCACAGCUUCCAGAGAUUCAUCUGUGGACACUGUCCCCAGAAGUUCUUUAAAGAGUCCACUGUGCGCAGACACUGUGCAAAUGAGCACAACGGGCAGAUUAAGAGCUCCCACUUCUGCGGCCUCUGCGACAGCAUGCAGUUUGAAUCCGAGGGAGAGUUCUUGGAGCACUACAAAAGCCUUCACAGUAAAGACUACUACUGCAUGGAUGAUGUUGAAGUUGUUCAGCCUGCUGUUGCUGAAAGCACCAGGCAACCUACAUGCCCAUGCAUGGGUUCAGAAAGGAGCAAAGAGGAGAGCAAAGCUAUGUAUACACAAUGCAUGAGGAAUCUUUCCGCAGAUGGAAAGUGUUGCUACGUGUGCGCUCCUUGCAGCGUAUCUGUCCCGUCUUACGCACACAUAAAGACUCAUGUCCACACAAAGCAUGCAGCGUUAAACCUGGACACGACCUUUGAGGUAGAAUGCAAAGCUUGCCAGGAGAGUUUUAUGGAUAUACCGAGUUUCCAUAAACACUACCACUCCCGACACUGUGCACUGGAACCUUGCACGAGCUCCAGGACCUGCAGUAAAGACAGGAAAGCAGAAGCUACCACUGCAAAAGUACUCAGUGCUGUGGAGGUCACACCAGACACAAAUGAGAUUGAAGAUGAAACACUGGUGACGUUUUUGAAAAUGAAUCAGGCCGACAAAGGGAGUGAAGCUUGUGAAAAUGAAUCGGACGAAGAGAUGAACCAUGAACCAUCUUUGAAUGCAGAAGACCAAAGAGAAUCAGCAGAGUUGGAAGAAGCUCUUCAAAGAAGUCUUCUGGAGUUUUAAGGAUGUGAUCUGAUUAGUUUUUUGUGACGCAAUGUUUAUCUGACAUUAUAUUCAGAUGUUUUGUACCAGGUAUUUGUGUUCAGAAUCUAAUAAAUAAAUGAACAGUA